UAACGUGGGGGGUACGCGACUUGGGCCCGGGUGGCGAAGGCGAAAGCAUGCCGCGUAUAUAAGGCGACGAACCGCCGGCAAUCAGCAUCCAGUUCACUUCUGGACGCACCUGGAAUAUCUCGAGAGCAAAAAUGAGAGUCCUGAUCUACGCGACGGCGUUCGCCGUUUUGAUCUCGUCCACUUGGGCCGCGGAGGCCGAGAAGGCGGAGCCGCAGGAGGCGGACAAGACCACGAAGAAGCAGGAGAAGAGGGGUCUGUUGGGUCUCGGUUACGGCGGAGGCUACGGCUACGACGGCGGCUACGAGCUCGGCGCUGGUGGACACGGCGGCCUGGAAUUAAGCGGUGGCCACGGCUACGGAUACGGCAACCUGGUCGGCUACGACCACGGUCACGAGCACGUGAAAACCGUAACGGUGGUCAAGAACGUCGCUGUUCCGUACCCAGUUGAAAAGCACAUACCCUAUCCCGUGGAGAAGCCCGUUCCAGUCGCCGUGAAGGUCCCGGUACCGCAACCCUACCCGGUGGAGAAACCCUAUCCAGUCAAGGUCUACGUCAAAGUACCAUACCCCGUCCCGCAACCCUACCCAGUGGAGAAGAAGGUCCCUUACCCAGUCCAAGUGCCCGUCGACCGUCCAUACCCCGUCAAAGUACCGGUACCACAGCCGUACCCAGUGGAGAAGACCGUCCACGUUCCAGUCCAAGUACCAGUGCCGCAACCGUACCCCGUAGAGAAGCCUUACCCUGUGCCAGUCAAGGUUCCAGUCCACGUACCCUACCCAGUCGAGAAGAUAGUCCACGUCAAGGUUCCCGUCGACCGUCCAGUCCACGUGCCCGUGCCCAAGCCUUACCCCGUGCACGUCGACAGACCGUACCCAGUUCCAGUCGAGAAGCACAUACCGGUGCACGUCAAGGUACCAGUGGACAGACCGUACCCUGUCCCCGUCGACAGGCCGUACCCCGUCCCAGUGAAGGUGGGCGUACCGCAACCGUACCCCGUCGAGAAGCCUGUGCCCUAUCCAGUCGACAGGCCGGUGCCAGUCGAAGUCAAAGUUCCGGUAGACAGACCGUACCCCGUCCACGUCGAGAGACCGGUCCCGUACGCGGUCGAGAAGCCCGUGCCUUACCCGGUCAAGGUGCCGGUAGCCGUCUCGGUCCAUCAGGAGCACGGCUACAACCACGACUGGUCGGGUAGCCACGGUUACCACUAAAGUCGAUCGAGUGCCGUCGGUCCGGUCGCUCGUGAACCGAUCGGACGGUGGACAGCGACCUGGGACGAUCGACACUUUUAGGUUACACAAGGAAAACGAACGAACGAACCGGUUGAGAAGACGCCGUGACGCGCGUCGAGCCGCGUCGCGCCUUUCUUCUGGCAUCGGAGACGCGACGGACGAGGACUUCCGGUAGGAUCGAAGACGCCUCGAUGGUCGGGACCCCGUGACACGGUCGACGCGCGUCACGUCGGAGAGAUGCUCAUUGUUGGAAUCCGCCUUCGGUGACCUCCGCUCGCAAACAGCUCGCUUAUCUCACUUUUUCUACCGAUAUAGCAGAGUAUGUAUUUUUUUACGAAAUAUAAAUGUUAGCGAUACGAAAAAAAAAAAAACAAACAAGGAUGCGUUUCAUUCACGAGCGAUUGCCUCUACGAAGACGGUCUGCGUUUGACCUCGAUCUCCUCGUUGUCCUAAACUCAUCUCCUCACUUUCGUUUUCCGCGAGCCUAACCGCCGUAGGUUUCUCGCUUCAGCGUUCCGAAUUCUCUCCACCAACUGUCCCAACUUCGUCCCAUCGUAUCCGUUCCUCGUAUCGAUAAUUGGCGAUUCCAAUUUCCGAACGUCGCGUAAGCCGGAUAAUCCUCGAAUUUUGCACAUGUUCUCGCUGCGCGUCGAGCAAGGCUGUACCAUUUUCGCAGCUGGAAAAUCGAUAUACGAUGGCGCCGUUUCGCUUUCGCGCGCAA